GUUUUGCUCCUCCAGCCGGCUCUCCCAGCGCGAGUCUCACUUUCACCUCACCUUUUUAUAUGAGAGAAUUUGGUGCUUGGCCUACCUGCAAAACCGCCUCCCCGGCAACCCACCCACGCCCACCUUUUCGAUCCCUCUCUCUCUCAUUUUUGAGCCCUCACCUUUUCACCUCCAAAAAAUUUCGAGACGCUCUUUUCUCGAUUCUCUCUCAACCACACAACCCGCGCUGCUAGACGUUUAUGUUUGCUGUCUUUCGAAAAGGCGUUUGUCACCAUCAAAACAAAACCGCACAAACAACCAUUCACCCAAAUAUCAGCACUCGCUAUUGAGAAUGAAGAAAACCACCUCUGCGACCGGAGGCGCAGCCACCUUUCAGACGUCAACUUCGACCACCAUGGGCCAUCGCGUUCAGCUCACGCCCAAGCAGGUGCUGGAGAAGCUCGGAAAUCUCCAAAUGGGAUUCUACACCAAGAUGCCAGCUGAUGCCCAGUGCAUCUUCACCAUUAGUGCCCAUGUUCCCGUCAAGCGCUGGAUGAAGCACCCUUUCAAGCAGCGCGAAAUCCGCGACUGGGAUGAGAAUCAGGUCCAGAUCAAGGCAAACCUCAUUCGAAAGUUCCACCCUGAGCACCUGAUGGAGAAGGUCGCCCCGGUUGAGAAGUGGGAGCAGAUGUACGACUACUUUGACGCGGCGGACAUCUGGAGCCACGGCGCCGUCAAUCUCUGGCUCGCAAUUGACUACCUUUACCACGAGAACAAGAGCAUCGAGGAGGCCAAGGGCAAAGGUAAGGAAAUUGCAAAGGGAAAUGUCGCCGAGGCCUAUGGCCAGCAGGUCGGCGAUACCAUGGACAUUAACCCCCCCCAGCUGGCCAAUGAAAAUCCCGAGGGCUUCAUGAUCGCCGACGAUUGGGCUUACAAGUGGCUCACCCACGCCGAUAACCGCCAAAAGCUGAGCACUUGGGACCAGAAGCGCGACAUUCUCAGUAUUUUCACGGCCAACGACUGGAACAACGUCGCCCCUUGCAGUUACGAGUAUUUGGACGUGUUGCGCCGCAUCCUCAUCCAUUGGCAUCCCUUCUAUUUUGCCCCGAGCCCCGUCAAGGAUUCGAAGGAAGGUUCGACUGCCAGCAAGAACGAGUACCAAGCUGGUCAUGGAAGAGACGUGAACAAAUACCUCGUGCCGCCCAGCAGCAACGCCGUAGAGCAGCUUCGUUGCAGUUCGGCACUGGCUACUGAGUUCCCCUCGGCCGUGAAAAACUCGCCUGCUUCUUCCACCGGCAGCCAGUCCGCCAACGUUUCGCCCACCCUGCGCGUAGCCCCGCUCGCAAUCCCCAUAGUGGUUACCGCUGGCCAGGGAGACUUGAAGGUCUAUGGAGUGGAGCAUAACACGAGGCGCCACGAGCCUUCUAAAUCGGGCCCCAUUGACAUGGCACAGACCGAGUUGGCCAAGUUGCAGACGUCCGUUGAAAUAGCUGGCCCCUCCCGCCUCCCAGCCCAUCCACUUAAGAACUCAGGUCCUUCCACUCUUCCCAUUCCCUCACACACCGCAAAAGUGGCCUGCAAAUUUCACGGCAACCGCGACCGAUCUGUCUCGCAACAGUCUGAGCCUUGCCAUUGUCCUCGAUGUGACAAGAAGUCUCGAAGCGUCCUCGUCCAGGGACUCUCUAUCGACGGAAUCCCGCAGGAAAAGUACACGCACCAAAUCAAGGGGUUCUUCGGUAAAUGGGGAGAGGUCGAGUCGUGUGAGCCAACAUGCCCGAAGGCUCACCCUUACCGACUCGGCGGAAGAUCUCUCAGAAACUUCUUUGUCUACUUCAAGUCGGACGACAGCGCCGUGAGGGCGUGCAACGAAGCCCACGGACAGUCCCUGUACCCUCUGGCCAACAAGCUCAAGGUAGUCUUUCCGUACCACUCCAGGCACUACAUCGAGCUGUACUCGCCGGCCUCUAAGCAGUCACACGUUAGCCUCCGAUCGGCGACACAGCCGGCCGAGCACAUGACCAUAGACAAGGGUACCGGCGUCUCAGGCGGCGAGACGCAGCCGUCGCAGCCUCAACAGCCAAAGACUCAGAACCAAAACCAGAAGCUGCGUACCCCUCCAAUGCCUUCAGUCGCGAGCAACCAAGCUUCCGGUGGUAACUCGAGCCGCAAACCUCGGCAACCACUCUCAGGCGCGUUUGUCCACCCAGCCCAAUAUAGCACUGGCAGCCCUCGCCAUAAGAACCGGGGGACGUCGGAUGGCCGCUUCUUGGAAAACAACGCUCGAUUUACCAGCUCAGCCGCAUUUGGUGGAAACCCAUUUGGCAACCCUUCCGCCUCAUCGCAAACCUCGCCAGUAUAUGUCCGCAUGCAGCCACAGCAAUACGCGCAGCAGCUAUAUCCUUCGGGAUAUCAGCAGUUUGCCGGACAGCAUCAGUUCUCGGGACAACCCCAGUUCUACGGACAGUCACAGUACACGCAGCAGCCUCAGUACGGCUCCCAAGGAUUCCACGGAAUGCGAAUGCCCGCUGGAGUGAUCCCUGGCACUUUGUUCCCGUCGGCGGCUCAACCCAUGGCCCAUAUGCCCCAGCAGCAGUACGCUGGUCACCACCCCGCUUACUGGAACCCCUCCCAGUAUGGGGCUCCCAGCUACCAGCCCUGUAAACAGGACGAGCAGCAAAACCCAGCACAGAACGCCCAGCCAGCUCGGAAGUUCCAGCCAUAUGGCGGACCCCAGACUGGCUACGGCCAGGUGCUUGCGCACCAUCCCUCGGUUGUCCCCCACCAAUACAUUCCCGUGCCUAGCGGAGCCAGCACCACAGGAAUGCUUCUGGACAUGGCCAGCCACGUUUAUAUCACUCCUGCGAGUGCGGCCGCUCCUGCAGCUCCUGGCCACGACCAGCCUUUACCGGAGCAAAAGAAGGAGCACGUAGCCGAGGAGUCUUCGAUUCUUGCCGAGAUGAACAACUCUCCUGAAGUCCAUGUCUCGCGGAAACAGUCUAGUACUUCGGAGUUGUCGGCCAUUCCUGAGAAGCCGGUUGCAACUGAGACUUCGGUCGCUAUCGAGAAUCCGGUCACCACCGAGGAGUCGGUUAUCUCCUCGCAGCCGGUCGCUUCUAAAGGCCAUGUUACUCCUCAGGAUUGUGUUUCCAGCGGCGGCGCUACUAAGGAGAUCACUGCACCCGAAAUGCAUACCAAUCCCAUUGCCGACAUUCCCGCCCAAGAGAAGAAGGGCGGUGUCUCCAAUACAGCAAUCCCUGUCGAAGAGGAGACGACUGAGGCUGGAGCAUCUGUUGUGCAUCAGAAGACCAUUGCGGCUCUGCCUCAAAUCCUCGAGGAGCCCGAAAGUGAACGUACCAAGCCGGCAACGGAGAGGCCAAAGUACGUCUUUGGUUCCCAAGACGUUCGAUUCUUCACUUCAGAAGCCGAAGAGGGGAAGGCUAUCGAAACCGUAAUCCACCGCAAGCUUCGAGUCCGCCAGAGCAUCCCCUCGGAGUGGAUGGGCAUCGAUAACGCGGGUUCUUCAGGCGUCCCCCCCAUUUCCGGCAGCGCAAAGACUCCCGUGGCUCCAGUGCCAACGGUUGUGGAGCGUCCUGAGCUGCGUGUGAACACUCAAGUCGGUGGAACGGACUUUGGCACCCGAAGCCGGUCGUCUGCAGCCGUUCUGGAGCAGAACCCGAGCCCACAGGUAGCUGGGCCGAAACAGCCGCAGCACGAGGAUACGCAAGAGGAUGGCAAGUCGAAGCCUAAGAAGAACAAGUCCAAGAAAAAGAAGCAGCAACAGGCGAGCGGUCAGCAAUCGGGGUCCCGGCCAUCUACGCUGGCCACUCUUGUCAACAGCCCUGCUGGUGGACAGCCCGAAAAUGCUGUCCAAAAAACCGGCAAGCAUGGCGCUGCCGAUACUAGCGCCGAGAACACCGCUGCCGAGGGCACUGAGGGCAAAUCGCAAAAGCGGUAUAGGCCGAGGAAGACCGAUCUCUCCACCAGCAGUGUGCAGGAGACUGCUCAUCACGUCUCGAAGGAGCUCCCGUCUGCUCCAUCGACACUUCCACCCAAGCCUGAGCAAAGCAACCUUGUCCAGCAAGACCAUGACGCUGGCUCUUCGUUGUGGGGCCAAGACAGCAACGCUCAACUUGCUUCCGGCAGAGGCUACCGUGCUGAUGCAGGCGGCUCGCUACGCGUGGACAGAAACCGUAACAACAACAACACGGGUGGCUAGCGCUAGCGUUCCUCCCAUGGCCCAGCCUACCAUGGCCACACCUCCCGAGUACGGGUACUGCUCUCCUCCCUACGGCAGCCAGUAUACCGCCAUGGCGCCACCGCCUGUUCAACAUGCCGGAACACCCCCCAUGGUCCGCGGGCCUCCCAUAGGCUACUUUACCCAGCCAGCAGCAUAUGGUCCCUAUUCCGGCUCUCCUCAAUAUGGCCAGUAUCACCCCAGCCAGCAGCAAAUGGGCGACCAGCAAUCCCAGUCUCCACCGUCGGCACAGGUCCACGUCCCUCGCAGGACGGAGUUCUCUAUGCCCCCAGUCGAGUAUCAUCCCACGCAGCCCACAGUGCCACGCCCAUUCACUGUUGCAGAGCAGCAUCAGCAGGCGCCACAGCAGCGACCCUCGCUGCUCGUGGACGAGUCGAUAGUGGUCAAGCCGGA